CUGGGGACUCCUUCUCAGUCAGCUACACGGCCUCGCUGGAGCCCGGGAGCCUUGGGGACGGGGAGAGCCUGCAGCUGCCUGCCCUGCUGCUGUUCCAGAGCCGCACGCAGAACAGAACCCAGCUCGUGGCUCCUUUCACCGUCACGGCCGAGGAACAAACCCAGGUGCUGCCGAGCCACGGGCUCCACGCGGCGGCUUUCCUCGGCGUCCUGCUGCUCUUCCUCGUGCUGACCUGGGUCUCCGGAGUCCUGCUCAUUCGACGGCGCUGCUGGACGGGAGACUUGCUCUUCUGGCGCAAGGCCCGGAGUCAGGAGCACCGGCUGGAGCAGUCUCAGCUCACCUCCGAGGCGGACCUAGAGGAGGACCUGGCUCUCAGUGACCAGAUGGUGGGUGUUCUGUGCUCCGAGGACCCCGGCGGCAUGCUCCAGGCCCUGGAGGAGCUGGAGAUUGCCACGCUGCGGCGGGCGGACGCAGCCCUGGAGGCCUGCCGGACACAGGUGAGCAAGGACAUCAUCGGCCUGCUCCUCAGAGGCCUGGCCAGCAAGAGCCAGCUGUCCCCCCAGGCCGAGGGGGCCUUGGCCGACGCCUUCCAGAAGCAGUUCCUGUGGCUGGACAGGGAAAUCCGUGAGGAGCACGGCCGCAAGGUGGUGGCGCUGGUGGCCGAGGCUGAGCUGGAGGCCCAGAAGAGGAUGGAGAGGCAGCAGCAGAGGGAGAUGGCGGCCUCGGAGGGGUUGGAGAAGCUGCUCAGACACGCGGACGAGAGGCAGGCCAGCGAGUGCAGCGCUCUCCUGCGGACACUGCAGGGCUUGGAGCAGGAGCAGCUGCGGAGGAGCCUGGCCCUGCAGCAGGAGGAGGACUCUGCGCAGUCGCGGCGGCAGCUGGCGGUGCUCCAGAGGACGGAGCUGCACCGCAUCUUCUUCACGCAGAUCCAGGGCGCCGUGCGCAAGGGGGGGCUGCAGCCGCAGGCGGCCGAGGAGCUGCUGCGGGACUAUUCCAGGGCGCAGGAGGCGCUGGAGGAGGCCCUGGACGUGCUGCAGGCCACUCAGCGUUCCCACCUGAGCCAGCGCUUCGACCACAGGGAGGGCCUGGUCCUCAGCAUCCAGUCCUUGGAGACCCGCGUGCAGGGCGUGCUGGACGCCGCCUCCGCCCAGCUCACCCUCCUCAUCCAGAAGCACGAGAGGGCGGGCUACCUGGAUGGCGAGCAGGCGGGGGCCCUGCUGGAGUGCACACACACCGAGGUGUUCGCCAUCAAGCAGAAGCUGGAGCAGGAGCAGAAACAGCAGCGGGAGAAGCUGCAGCGGCAGCUGGUCGUGCGGCACAGGCGGGAGAUGGUGCAGAUGGUGAGGGCGGCCAGGGCGGCCACUCACGCGGAGGCCGGGGUGCUGGGCUGAGUCCUGGGGCCGGCCGGCCGGGUGCUUACUCAGCCCUGGAGAGACUGUGCGUCCCGCUCUUUACUUUGCACUGAUUUAUUCAUCUGCCAUUUUGGGUAGAGACAGAAGUGAGA